CCAUCAUGUAUACAUGAAAUUGCGAUUGGAUGGGUCAGCGUUUGGGGCUUGCACGAUGCAAUCAACCCGCAAAUCGCGCAACUUUGCCUCCUCGGCGCACUUCCUCUUGAUUGUUACCGUAGUGCGCUGCGGCAUACAUACUUGGGCGUGGUUGCCUACUAGCAAUAGGCGACGCGGGAAGGGCGCGCCAAGAGACUCGCAUCGGGGAACUUUUCCGAGACAAGGACUUGUUCUGUGAGCCAUGGCCACUCUCCUGAGGGCGCAGGGCCUGCGCGCCGGCCUGCCCACCCAGCAGCGCAAGGUUGCGCCCGCACCUGCGGCAUUCCGCGCUUCCGCGACCGCGCCUGCUCUUCGCAGCGUGGUUGGCAUGUCCGCGCUGCCUCUGCACAACCGUGUGCACCAGAAGACCACUACUGUUGGUCGGCGCUCGCUGAAUGUGGUCGCUCAGGCCGCAUCGUCCCCUGCCCCGGCUCCCGCGAAGCCCGCCUUUAAGUGGGGUGCCAACAUGAAGGACCUGGCCAUCUGCGUGGGCGUUGCUACUGCCCUGUGGUUCAUCCCGCCCCCCGCGGGCGUGACGGCCAAGGCCUGGCACCUGCUGGCGGUCUUCAUCGGCACUAUCGUGGGCAUCAUCACUACGCCGCUGCCGCUGGGCGCGGUCGCCAUCAUCGGCCUGGGCGCUGCCAUGAUCACGAAGGUGCUGACCUUUGCCGAGGCGUUCAGCGCUUUCGCUUCAGAGAUCCCCUGGCUGAUCGCCAUCGCCUACUUCCUGGCCGGCGGCUUCAUCAAGUCGGGUCUGGGCAACCGCAUCGCCUACAUGAUUGUGGGCGCGCUGGGCAAGACCACGCUGGGCCUGACCUACGCUCUGGUGUUUGCUGAGGCUCUGCUGUCGCCCGCCAUCCCCUCGGUGGCGGCACGCGCCGGCGGCAUCUUCUUCCCGCUGGCCAAGGCGCUGUGCCUGGCCUGCGGCUCCGACCCGGAGAAGGGCACCGCCAAGAAGAUGGGCGCAUACGUCAUGACCACCUGCUUCCAGACUACCACGGUGUCGUCCGCCAUGUUCAUCACCGCCAUGGCCGCCAACCCACUGGCCGUGAACCUGGCCGCCUCCGCCGGCAUCAACAUCAGCUGGGGCACCUGGGCCCUGGCGGGCCUGGUGCCCGGCAUCGUGUGCCUCAUCUGCGUGCCGCUCAUCCUGUACGCCCUGUACCCGCCCGAGGUGAAGGACACUCCUGACGCUCCCGCCACCGCCGCCAAGGAGCUGGCCAAGCUGGGCCCCAUGAGCACCAACGAGGUCAUCACCGCCGGUGCCUUCGCCAUCACCGUGGCCCUGUGGAUCUUCGGUGGCUCCAUCGGUGUCAACGCCGUGGCCGCCGCCAUCGUCGGUCUGUUCAUCCUGCUGGUGACCAACGUGACCAACUGGAAGGAGUGCCUGAACAACAACGCGGCCUGGGACACCCUCACCUGGUUCGCGGCGCUGAUCGCCAUGGCGGCCGCGCUCAACAAGUACGGCUUCAUCCCGUGGCUGUCCACCUCGGUGGUCAACAUCGUGGGCGGCCUGGGCCUGGGCUGGCAGGGCGCCUUCGGCAUUGUGGUGCUGCUGUACUUCUACUCGCACUACUUCUUCGCCUCGGGUGCCGCGCACAUCGGCGCCAUGUACACCGCCUUCCUGGCGGUUGCCACCGCCUGUGGCACGCCGCCCAUGCUGGCGGCCAUUGCUCUGGGCCAGCUGUCCAACCUGAUGGGCUGCCUCACCACCUACGGCAUCGGCUCCGCGCCGCCGUACUUUGGCGCCGGCUACGUGCCUCAGGGCGACUGGCUGAAGUUUGGCUUCAUCCUGUCCAUCUUCUACCUGGCCGUGUGGCUGGGCAUUGGCGGCGCCUGGUGGAAGGUCAUUGGCCUGUGGUAAGCAGCUUUCGCCGCCGCUGCCGCAGCGCUAGGCGCGCGGCCCGCAAGGCGCUGGCGGUGUGAGCUGUGGGCGCUGCAGCGUUGGCCUGUGCCUCAGUUGACAUCUGAGAACGUCGGUCGCUCGUCCGUUGACGUGCUGUGAAACCAUUCGCCGUAAGAUUGGGCAUGGUUGGCUUAUCGUUUUGCUGUAGCUGGACAGAUGUAAGAUUUACAACGGGCGGGCUUUUUUGCACAGCAUGACGGGCCUUGAGCUGCAUUACUGUACAUGUGAAGAGCUGCAGUCCGAGGCGAGGUGUUUGCCUUCGCCAAGGACGGGCAGGCAUGGUCCAUGCAGUUGCAGGACUGCUAUGCCCGGUCGGUUGUUGGUUCGUCCUACUGUUGGUUAUCGUAUCUAGCGUGUGCGUGCUCGAAUGUUUGGAAUGUGGCACGAAGCUUUUUGAUUAGCGUGUUUCCUGUGAGCAUCACACCCCGGAUUGGAGUUGGCCUUGUUGAGGGAAGCCAGUGAGUGGGAGUGAUACUUGCGGCACGCAAACCCAGAGAAGAAACAUUGUAACUGCUUAAGCAU